AUGCUGUGCCGGCCGAUUGGGAUGUGUCUGCCUGGAUGCCUGGCUUUGCGCUUGUCCGCCUUAGUAUUUGGGAUGAUGUUUCCCCCCGGACAGCCAUCGCCGAGUCGCCGAGUCGCCGAGGCCAGCCGUGAUGGAGUCCAUGAGAACGGCCACAACGAGGAGCUCUCCCUCCAAGCAGCAGAGGCCUUUGCUCAGCUGGCACGGGGGUUGGGCGAUCAGCCAGCAGCUGAGUGGUCGCCGCUUCCCUUGCUCACCACUUCCCUAGGUCGCCGCUUCCCUUGCUCUCCACUUCCCUAUAGGCUGGAGGCAUCUCCGGUGGAUUACCUCGGGGACCGGCCUCCCUUGUCACGUUUUUGGCGCAAGGUGCGCGAAAGAUUCAUCCACGCCUUGCUGCGCGCGGAUGUCCAAUGCCUCGCCGUGGAGGAGGCUGGUCCUUCAGCGACGCGCUUUGUCUCUGCCAAGCAAGCUUUGCGGCGUCCGCAGCAGGGAGCUCCUGAACAGGCAGCCGCCUCUUUGGUCUCUGGCGCUACGCUGUUGGCAUCGGUGCAGAGGUAUUUCGUCCGUGAGCCUUUACCCCAAGGGCUUCAGUUGGAAACCUUCGCGGCCAGCCAUUUUGCAAGGUGUUUACCGAACCUCAUCAAGGCGGCCCUGGCGCUGGAAGAGUAUGCGGACAGAGUCAAGAAGUUGACACAGAUCUACCGGGCCUUUGAGGAGCUACUAUCGGAUCCCCGAUGCGGGGUGGCCACCAUUGAGGAACGGGCUGAGCUUGCACGAGAAGCAGUAUGCUGGCCCUGUAUGGCCAACGGCCAAGGCUGUGUGCUUUGCGCCGGAAGCUUCGGAAGCAUUUUUGUGGCCAGCGACAGCCAGGCUUGGGAGGAGUUUUUGCCAGAACCCGGCGAGGCGUCCUGCCUGCCGUGGCGCCUGCGCGUCCUGCAGCCGGAGGCGUGUGAGGCCGUCGUGGCAGCGCCAGGACUCUUGGAAAUGGCUCAGUUGCGGCCGCGUGCCGGGCUGGCGCAUAUGCUUGGCUUGAUCUUUGAGUCGCACAGUCAAGAGGAAUGCAGCUGCAAGGAGAAGACAACCGCAAUUCCGCGCAGUUUGUGGUGGAGUUCGCUGCGCAUCGUUCGAGAUCUUUGGGAGUCUCCAAAGUGUCUUGAGGAGGCCAAAGACGUGUGAACCAACAAGUAGCCAGCAAAGAAAGAUCAUGUUCAACCUCCAGACUUGAAGUUGCCGUCAUGCCACCAUGCAACUCGCAUGGCGCUGG